AGGCAGCAGAAGCAGAGGCAGCUGCUCGGCCGUCUGCAAGACAUGCUCCUCGGACCCACCGCCGACGAGCAGACCACGUGCGAGGUGCUGGACUACUUCCUGAGGCGCCUCAGCUCAUCCCAGGUGGCCUCGCGGGUGCUGGCCAUGAAGGGCCUGUCCUUGGUUCUUUCUGAAGGGGCCCUCCACGAGAAGGAGGAGAAGGAGCACCCGAUGGAGGAAGACCCCUGGGACUUCGAGCUGCUUCAAAGCUACCAGUGGCUUCUGCGAGACCUGCCCAAGCUGCCCUUGUUCGACAGCGUCCGGACCACCACGGCGGUGGCUCUGCAGCAGGCCAUCCACAUGGAGACAGACCCCCAGACCAUCAGUGCUUACUUGGUGUAUCUUUCCCAGCAUGCCCCCGUGGAGGAGCAAGGCCAGCAUAACAACUUGGCUUUGGACGUGGCCCGGCUGAUUGUGGAGCGUUCCACCAUCAUGUCUCACCUCUUCUCAAAGCUCUCCUACUGCUCGGAGUCCGACUCCGUGUUGGUGGCUCUGCUCUCCAUCUUCUCGCGCUACAUCAAGCGCAUGCGCCAGACCAAAGAAGGCGACGAGGUUUACAACUGGUCGGAGUCCCAAGAUCAAGUCUUCCUUCGCUGGAGUGGAGGAGAAACCGCCACGAUGCACAUCCUGGUGGUCCACGCCAUGGUGAUUCUGCUGACCCUCGGACCCCCUCAAGCGGACGACGGUGACUUCUACACCCUGCUGGACAUUUGGUUCCCCGAGAAGAAGUCGCUCCCCACAGCUUUCCUGGUGGACACCUCCGAAGAGGCCCUGCUCCUCCCCGAUUGGCUGAAGCUGCGCAUGAUUCGUUCGGAGGUGCCUCGCUUGGUGGAUGCAG